AUGCACCUAACAGCACCGACGUGCUUGCGGAGGAUCAUCAACAGCGCUUAUGAUAGUUUCAAGGUGAUACCAAAGCCCGAUGUUUGGUUGAAACGAGAGCGACAGAAACGCAUCGUUGCUUGGCAAUUUGGAAUUAACCGUGAUGAGUGGAAACAUGGAUUGCAAAAGCACAACAAACUUUUCCAUUACAUGCAAAUGCAUCGAUCAGAUGAGCGAAAGACCGAACAAUUCUAUGCUGGAGAACGUGUUAGCGCUGCCCUUGCCGAACAUCACUUCGAGUAUAAAUAUUUCCGAAGCAUGUUGGACAAGGCUCACAUUUUGCUUGACAAUGUGGUGCUUUCUCAUUUGGCGCUUUACGAACCAAGAACAUUUCAUAGUCUUGUGACAUUAACAAAAGAGAUGGCAAAGAAGGAAGGAAUUCCAGUGAUUCCCGAUGAUAAAGAAUUCAAAACAGAGGUUAACUUGGAUUCUUCCCUAUUCGGCGAGCCGUUUCCGCGUUCCAAAAUCUUCCCGCGAGGUGCCAAUAAGAUGAAAGAAGAGACUGAAGGAAAGGAAGCGAUAAAUAAAAAACAGCGUCAAGGAAUUGGAGCACAAGAUGGGAGCAAACGACGAGAAUUUCGAAGGUUUCGUCGUACAAACAAUGGACCGAAGACAACAAAAGCCUCAACUUCAACUGAUGGUACUGAAACGGUGGCUGGAACUACUGAAGCUCCAAAGAAACAAGAAAAAAAACCUCUUCCAGUCUGCCGCUUCUUUCGAUCGAAAAACGGAUGUCUUCGAGGUGAUGCGUGCAACUUCCGCCACGUGCCUAAAAAAGACACGAGUACUAAGAAAUCUGUGAAGGACGAGACUAACGCGGCUUCAGCAGUUCCAACAAAUCCAGAAAAAGAAUUCUUUGAAGAGCCGAUGCCUACAAUUUUCGUACCCGCAAAGUUCGAGAACAAGAAAUUCGUACCAUUGAAACAGGUUGUCUCCAUUGAAGAUCGAGGAUCUGAAGUAGCUGUGCACAUACGAAAAUCCGAGAUCAGUUAUUACAGGCGUCGUUAUCUACGUUGCAACUUUCGAGAAAAUGACGAAGCUGCGGUGAUCGGUUUCCUCUUUGUGCCGACAGAACCUGAAUGGUCGUUUGCCGUGCGAGAGAUUCGUUUCACUGUCAAAUUACCCACCGAUUUCCCAUUUGAGUCAAUGUUGUUUAUGGUGAACAAAGUAGAGAACGCAGGGAUGCCCGAUAUUUUAUGCGCACAUAUUGAAGCCGGUGUGAAAAAGUUUAUAAAUGAUACAUUUGACCUGAUGAAAACGAAAAAUGCAUACGAAGGCAUGGCAAAAACAUUGCUAAGAUGGAUCGACAGAAACAUUUUUCAACUAUUUUUAGAGGGUCUUCGGAGGACAAAACUGGUAUUUGACGCAAGUGCAGCUGGAAUCAGCCUCGUCUACUCGGGCGCCUCAAGUUCAACGACCAAAAAAGCCUCGGAAGAAAAGGAAAUCAAAAAUGUGAUUAACUUGAUGUCGAACGCAAAUUUAAGGGAAAAUGAGCGACAAUCAGAGUCAGAUGAGGAAGAACAGGACUCAUCCUCUGGUAGUUCAAGUGAUGACAACGACGAGCAUUUUGGAGUUGAAGAAGACGAGAAUGAGGAAACGGGAGAAACACAACAACCGCUACUUGUUGUAGACAGUCAACCUUUGGCACGCUUACCCAUUGAAGUGAUGAUGGUAUGGAACGAUUUCUCGAAGAAUAUAGCCUCAAUUUCUCCGGUCUUUUUCCAACUCGUGGUUCGAUGUACACGAUGUAGUGAACACAACGAUAUUGAGGUGCCAGUGAAAGAUACACCAAAGUAUCGUCGUUGCUCUCGAUGUAAUGCCGCUUAUUCAGUACGAUUUCGACCAGAGAUUGCACAUGAGAACUCCAACAUCUUGGCUCAAUGUGAUGCGCGCGGAUGUCGACCGAUCGAUUGUGUUUUGUUGAAUUCGAAACUAAAAUUCGUUUGCUUUGCUUGCAACAAAGAGGAUGACAUUCAGAAGAUCGGUUUCGGUGAAGCGCAUCGCUCUUGGUGUAGAGCUUGUCAUACAUUGUGCAAUUUUGUCAUCUCGGCGAUUCGAUUUCAAGGAGAUUUUUCGAAAACUACUCAAAAGGACGAACUCGCUGCUAAAGCCCUUCCAAAGCCAAAGAAAACGGUGGAAAAGAAUGUGGGAAUUGUGGUCGGUCAACCAUUGCCCGAUCUUGGGACUUGUUUGCAUUAUAAAAAGAGUUAUCGAUGGUUCAGAUUUCCUUGUUGUGGCAAAGUCUAUCCAUGUGAUGAGUGCCAUAAUUUGAAAGAAAAGGACCAUGAGAUGAAAUUAGCGAAUCGAAUGAUUUGUGGUCAUUGUUCUACAGAACAGCCAUUCAUGAAGAACAAACCAUGUGCAAAUUGUGAGAAUAAUGUGACACGAACAAAAUCUCAAUUCUGGGAAGGAGGAAAGGGUUGUCGAGAUCAAACGUUGAUGAGGAGAAAUGACGCUCGAAAGCACACGAAUAGUCGAAAAAAGACGGUCUCUAACAAAAAAGUCGGCCUGUUGGUGGUAAAGAAGAAGACG